AGUGAAAGUCACUUUCCGACUGAAGCCUCUCACUCUCAGAAUGAACGCCUUUUAUACCGUCUUCCUCUUGGCUGUUGGUCUCUCCGUAGCCCACUCACUGGACUACAAGGCUCUCCAUCAGUUCAGGGCCAUGAUCCUGUGUAUGAUGCCUGAUAGCUGGCCUGCUCUUGACUAUGCAGACUAUGGAUGUUACUGUGGAUACGGAGGCUCUGGCACACCCGUUGAUGAUCUGGAUAGGUGCUGCCAGGUUCAUGACCAGUGUUACAGUGACGCCAUGCAGCAUCCGGAGUGCUGGCCCAUCCUGGAUAACCCUUAUACCGAGAUUUACUCCUACACCUGUGAUGAGGCAAACAGAAAGCUCACUUGUACAAACCAAAACAAUGAAUGUGAGAUGUUCAUCUGUGAGUGCGACCGCAAAGCCGCAGAAUGUUUCAGCAGGUCAGAGUGGAACCCCGACCAUGAGCACCUGCCAAGUGACCAGUGUUACUAGAGUCCUGCACAAACAGCUGCGUCAAGUAAAGAAUCUGUACCACAUCCAUUUACAAAUUGCUAUACUACUUUAUCUGGUGUCAUUCUGAAUCACAGUGACCUUACAGUUACUUUUAUACAUCCAUCUUUUUGCCAUCGUGAAGUUUCUGGUUGGACUUGCUGCUGCAUCUCACCCUAAAUGUCAACAUCAUGUUCACCAUCUACUUGAGUGUGAUGGUAAUUGUAAUUUCUAGUGCAGUUUGGAGUCAGCAGAGGUCACUGUUCCUCAUGUAUCCCAUUAGUGUGUCUUCUGACGGAGAAAAGCAUUGACUUGCUCAACAACAGUUGUUCACUUAUCUCUCUCACUUAAUGUAGCAUAUCUAGAAAUAAUAAAUGACUUUUUUCCAGAGGAAAAUAAAUGUUUCCUAUUUCCUUUAAGUGGUCUAUAAAUUGUUACAACAACCUUAGUAAUUUUUUGCCAAAACUUAUUUUAGCAACAACAAAAAAAUCCCUUUUGGCAAAAAAUGGCUUCAGCCAUUACUUUAGGAAAGUGACAAAAUGUUAAACCAAUCUUCAUGUAACUAUUCUGGUGCUUUCCAAUUGAUUACAUCAUGCUGGCAGCAUGACUUAGUUUACAACGCAUUUGCAACGGUAUUAAAUUCCUAUUGCAUAAUUGAGAACAGCUUGGUCUUUAUCUUUGAAAAUGACAACAGACCAUUUUAAUUAUGUUGUCAAUAUCUGAAUCAGAAACAAGAUGGUUAUACAACUGCAUCUGAAAUGAAGAUUCACAUAGACUUUGGUCACCAUCCAGACUGUUUGGCAAACAGGCAAAAAUUACCUCAUUCCUGGUUAUGUUCUCAGCCUGGCAAUGCGUCACCAACUUUAACAACCCACCGCUCGCUCGUUGUGAUUGGUUGCUGAGCCUGCAGCCCACUGAUUCACUCUUUAGGCCAUUUUUCAGACAAUGCGUAAGCUCAGCAGCUGGUAGCUGACUUCUGGUCAUGGUCCAGCUGAGGCUGCCGCUGGCUGAAAGAUAAAAUAAGAGGAGUGACACUGACAAAAAGUGAUACUAGACUAUUGGAAGUUUCUCAAGUUACGCCCUUUGUAUAUAUUUUGCUGUUAUGGUAACUAAAAAUGCCAGUACUGCUGAUAGGUAUCAGUUUUCCUGUACAACACCCAGACUGAUUUCUGAAAAAUUCAAAGCAAUUUUUUUACUAAUAUGAAACGUAUUGCAUGUACAUAUUUUAAGUUAUAAAGACUCCAUGAGUUUACAAAAUUUUCUGUAGAUUAUGCCCCUAGUCACAGUGUAAGGGUGUAUGCUGGCAAAGAUCGAUGAUAUUGCAUACAAAUAUACUGCUGGAAUAUCUUUGUCUUCAUAAUUCUUGCACUUUAUUGAUUUUUUUAUUUUAUUUAUUUAUUUUUUUCACACUUAAGCCAAAAAUGUUUGGGUGGCAGACCAACACAGGGUUUUGCCCAGUUGUGAAGCGGAAAGAAAGGGAUACAUAAUUUUUAAACAAUUUGCAAAUAAAAAUCCAAGUAGAUUUGGAUGUAUUUGUUUAGCUCCGUUUACUCUGAUACCCUAAAUAAAAUACAUUGACACAAGUUUCCCUACACAGUCAAGUAUAAACUAGAGUCUACUUUUGUGGACAUUAUUCUGGACUGCAUGCAAAGUAUCAUAGUGUGGCAGAAAAAAAAAACAA